AUGAGUUUCAGGAGCAAGAAUGAAGAUAGGCUUAGCUCUUUGCCUGAAGAAGUUCUUUCACAUAUACUCUCUUUAAUGCCUACAAAAUUUGAUGUUCGAAGUUGCAUUUUAUCGAAAAGAUGGAGGCAGAGUUGGAUGAUGGUCACAAACCUUGACUUUAACGAAUCUCAUCCCACCUGUGGUCUCGAUUGGUUUAUGAAAUUUGUGGAUCGGGUAUUGGAGCUCUGCAAAACUUCCCAAGUUAAAUUAUUCAAGUUACAUUUUACCCGUUAUGUGGUGCCAAAGUCAAGUGUGUCAAAGUGGAUCGAUAAAGUAGUUAGAUUAAAUGUUUGUGAGCUUGACAUAAACGUUCGUCGGGUUGGGCUGCCUCAAAGCCUAUUCACUUGCAAAACACUCACAAAACUAAGCUUAGUUGUGAGUUCUAAUCAUUCGAAUUUUUUCAAUCUUCCACCUCUACUCAUACUUCCUUGUCUGAAAACCCUUUACAUUAGUGUUCAUUGUAAACAUUUUGUCCUCAAACUCAUCCAUGACUGCUCGGUGCUUGAAAAUUUAUCUCUGACAAUGGCAUCACUUGAUAAUGAAGACUACAUUUCUAACAUCCCUACUUUGAAGAGACUGGAACUAACAGCAAGGAAUUGCAUAACACAAAGUUGUUUUGAAUGUCCCUAA